CAGGGGAGAUCAGCUCUAACGUUACUUCGACAUUACGUUACUCCGACACUACUGAAUAUCGACAUGACUUUACUUCGACACUACGCUCGCCUGGUGGUAGCAGCGCUGGCCUCGGAGCCGCACCCGCCUCUGGCCCGCGACCAGUGGGACCACAUACUCACGGGGGCUACCGAGAUAUGCAUCUUGAUAGAGAAACAAUCAUGCAGCACUUCGUACGGUGGAUUUCUUCUGGCACUGAUUGAGUUGAUCGGGCUACAUUUAAUAGAAGAAGUGGAGGAGCCUUAUGACCUGCAACUCGUCGUGUGCCUGAUGCGCUGCAAGCCGCCGCCGUUCCUCGCGCUGAAGCUGUUAGAGUUGGCGGCGCUGCCGGCGCGCGCGGCAUGGCCGUGCCCGCGGCCCAGCGAAAUGAUGGAUGUCGACGACGAAACUAACUCAGACGUGUGCUGUUUGCCGGCGCUGCUGGGACAAGCGGAGGCGGCGCUGGCGGCGGCGGCGCGCCACCGAAGCGGGGCCCGCGCGCGCGCCGCGCUGCGACAGCUUAGCGAGCUGCUGGACCGCCCGCAGGCCCGGAGCUGCUCGUGCGGCGCGGCGCUUUGGCGCGCCUUCGCGCUGGCGCUGUGCUGCUGCGUCGAGCUGCUGCUGGCGGCGCCGGCGGCGGCUGAACGCCAGAGACUGGAGUCAGCGUGCCGCGGCGGGCUCGCGCGGGCGGCCGGCGGCGCGUGGGCGGCGCGGCCGGCCGAGGGCCGCCUGGCGCACGCCGCCGCGCGCCUGCGCACCCGCUACCCGGACUGGCCAGCUACCCAUCCUUAUCGCUCGCGCGUAAUAAGCGGCCCCGAGACGAUCAAUUGCGGCGCGUGGUCGGCCCGGCCUGCUGAGGGCCGCCUGGCGCACGCCGCCGCGCGCCUGCGCACCCGCUCCGUGACCACGUAG